AUGUCUGGCGUGGAAGGAGGAUCGGCUGCAGAAUAUCUGUCCGGUGCAGCCUUCCAGCCAUUAGAACGAGUGUCGAUCACAACCAAGAAGAAGGGCCUUUCGAGGCGCAGAAUACUGACUAUAACUCGUGGGAGGCCGCUCGGAAGGAGCUGGGAGUACCAGCUUGAGAACUCAACGGGAACAUUGUAUGAAGACGGAAAGUGGAUUCCUCAAGAAGAUCUUGGCAAAAGAGUAGGCAAUUCUCAGUCGGACCAAGUCUUCAAACCUGCGAAAAAGAUCGACAAGACUUCAACUUCGAGUCGGAGAUCUAUAUCGCCAAACAGCCUACUAUACUCAAUUGAUAUUGGCUCCUUAGCUGAUGGUUCCACGGAUGGAUCUUCCAAACUCAUUGUCACAGGACUGGCUUCUUUCCUGGUCUCCAAGAUUGAUGCUGGCGUGAUCAACGGUUAUCCGAUACAAUGGAUUGGACAGCUCAGGGUUGCGCCGCUACUGAAACAUUUUGCUCGCGAGUUGGACCAGGAAGGUGGUUUCCAGGAGCUCCCCUUUGAAUUUAUGAGCUUUGUGUCUGUCAGUUAUCUAUCAAUCGCCAACGCAUUCAUGGACCGCUUGAAGGCUGUACAUGUCAACUCAUCAGCUUCGAAACUCGAAGAAGAUUCCAAAUUGACGUUCCCUUCGGCUUUUCACCAGAAACAGAGAAAUGAGCCUAAGGAGCAACACAACAUCACUGGAAGUGAGGAGGAAGUCGAGUCUAAAGCUCCUGAAAGGCGCAAAGAAAAGGAGCAUAGUAAGCAUCCCACACAAGAGGACAAAUAUAGAGCGGAUGAUUAUGGGGAGACCAAGAACGAGGAGCAAGCGGAUAUUGCUGCAAAUGAAAACAACGAGGGAAAUGCAGAGCUUACAAGGGCGUCAAAGUAUCUGGAGUUCUUGGUACAUACAAACGCUUUCCAGUGGCUCUUGCUCGGGAUCAAAGAAGCCAUACUUUCAGUCCAUGAAGGAAUGCUGGUCAGAUACUACUCGGUCACCUACGUAGUCAACUGGGAUCCCAUCACCUUUCUCAGGACGCAGGGAUACCAAGAUACCCCAGGCCAGGCCAUGAUGCCAGCGGUAACCUUGACCGGAGACACUGUGGACGGGCAAGCCUUGACAUGUGCAGAAUAUCUCAAGCAAACCUGGCUCAACGAGUACGUUCUCGACGCGAUUUGUGCAACUGUGGAGAUGGAACCUGGCAAGCGACUUCGACACUACUCAAUGGAUGGCACAGAGAUUAUCAUAUCCAUGAGAAUGGGCAAUAUUUUUGCAACUGUUAGUGCAUCAAAUGAGGAGGCUGUGGUUGAAGUCGCGCAGCAAUUUGCAUGGAUAGCAUCCGCUCUUCGCACUUCCGCAUCUGACACCACGGCAUCCUUUUGCACCCCAUAUAUCCGUUUUCUCCGGGACCGUUAUCCCUACGGCACCAUACCGUCUUAUGAAAUCGACUUCGAGGUUGAGGCUAUGAAAGAGCCUCUCGAUCAUGUCAAUGGUCAGUGUUGGCAUAACUUAUUCAAGAACCCUGUUAUUGUUCGAGGCUUCCCAAUUCGGAUCAGAGAAAAGAUGGAAACAGGUCUCGAGCUACCGCUCAAUAUCAUGGCCGGCCUUGCGCAAGCACGGAGAGUCACCACAUUUGGUGACAGGCUCUUCAUCAAAGGAUUCUCGACAAUGCUGGUGCCGACACGCAAGGUUGGGGACCUGAUGACCUGGCAUCUGAUCUACAACUCAGACGGCUGGGCUUCUGUGGUCCGCAGUCAUAUCGGCGCCCCUGAAGCGAAUUAUGAUAUCCGAUGGUCUGGCCUUAAGGGACCUCACUCAAACUACGCCCUUGAGAAAGUCUCGAUCUCAGUAGGAAAAAUUGCCACGGUUGGGGGGACCUUCGCCAUUGGAAACAAAGACGUGCCUAUCCACCUCAAGAUGGAUGGGUCUUACGCUGAGCAGGUUGAGCACAUCUCCCACAACUUCGUGUUGCUGUGCGACGCGGGUGACGAGAGGGCUUGGCUUGCGGACGGUGCUAGCGCAUUACUACACCUUGUCAGAACCUCGCUGUUCCGGGACCGCACUGGGAGAAGGAGUUCCGAGUUCCUGUUCAAUCUUGGGGAUAUGAAAGACGCGGAGCAUAUUUCGCCCGCCCGAUAUGCCAUCAGUGUGCUCACAGACCGCCACAACAAAGCGUUGAAAUUGUUCCCGGACGGGGAAAAGGAAACGCAUGAGUGGGAAGCCACUGAUUACGGCAUGAUCAGCAGAGUGACAAAGAAAGAGCCGACCUACACACUUUUCCAGGACCGCGUUGAAUGCCAGAUGCAUAUUCUCGAGCAAAUACUGGAGCACCAGACCGGCGCCUCCGUACCAGGGAAACGACUCAGACUCACCCUUCGAAAGUACCUGGGAGGAUACGAUUUCAUGGAUGUGGCAACUUCUCUUAACCCGCUGUGCCCUCGGGUAAAACCGAUUGACGACGCUGGCAAAGGAUGGAUGGACUUUGUGAAAUCCAUACAAGCAGUAACGCUGUUUGCGCGCGGCUUCGGGGAGCUCGUUGAGCCGUUCGAGGGCUCGAAUACCCUUUGCAAGCACUGGAAGGAGGUGCCGACUGGAAAAUAUUACCUCGUGGUGUGCAUUUCGGAUCUUAAAGAAAUCCUCGAGCGGAGAGGAGACGAAUCAUCGAGUCAGGUCCGUUUGGUCGAUAACACGCUCUGGCACAAAUCGGACAAACUUUUCGAGCCUUGUCACUGCAAUGCUGGAUCACAGCAUUGCGACCGGGUCCAAGUCCUUCUGCCUGAGAGUAUACUCUCCCAAAAAUUCCGCCCCGCUCAGCAUCCCGGAGAUUGGAAGCAGCCAGGUGCCGUUCUGUUCGGCAGCCUCACGUACCGUUCGAUCCGGAGCAACAACGGCGAUCCUGAAGAAGUGGUCUCGAAGGGCAAAACGAUGCGUAACAGUGGUAUGGUAUCAAGUCUCAAAGCUCCUGCAUCGGCUACCAGAACAAACGGCAAAGAGCAUGAGAGGGUGGAUGACGGUGACGUCUACUGUGAAGUCUCAGGUGGAAUAGCUGAGGUAAAAACUGUAUGA